CUUUUGUAAAGAGUUUUAUUAUUUGUAGAACAGAGAAAAAGCCGCUCUCUCUCCCUCUCCUUUCCACUCUCAUCUCCCUCUCUCUAUAUCCUCCUCCUAUCAGAAGAGCUCUCUCUUCUCUCCGCACCGAUUCUGAUCCGAAGAUUUUCAGGUAACAAUAUCAAUGUCUACAACACCAACGAUUCUCACUUUCUUCUUUCUUCAAUCCUUUUUCAUUUGUUUUCUCUUUUGCCAAUCAAUGAUUUAAGAUUGAAUGAAAUUCUCACGCAGCGAUGCAAUCUUAUUUCUCUCAAAAUUCUGUUUCUGUUUCGAAAUUCCGACAAUCUUACCAAUGUUCUUUUGUUUGUCUGUUUUCUUGAUGUGAUCUGGGGACUCAAUCAUUGAAGCUUAGAAUUUUUUUACAUUUCUCCAUAAUCCUGUUCUUGAGACAGAACAAGAGACUGUUUGACUUUACAGAUUUCAUAAAGUGAAAAAAUGAAUCACGUACCGUCUGAUCAAAGCUUUUACAUUGAGAGCGAGGACGAAGACGAUAGGAAAGAUUACGUAGAAGAAGAUGGUGGAAGCCAUUCUGAUUCCUCUGAUGAUGUUUAUGAUGAAAACCAAGCUCACAUUAAGCCUAGCUCAUACACCACUGCUUGGCCUCAGAGUUACAGGCAGUCGAUUGAUCUUUAUAGUAGUGUACCGUCUCCCGGUAUCGGUUUUCUUGGGAAUAAUUCGAUGACGAGAUUCGGAAGCUCUUUCUUGUCUUCUGGUUUGAUAAGAAGACAUACUCCGGAAUCAUUACCUACUGUUACAAAACCUUUGUUAGAAGAACAAGCAGAUGAACAAGCACUACCAAAACAUAGACUUAGCUCUCAGGGCUUACUCUCUCCUAUUCCUUCGAGGAGGGGUUCGAUGCGAAAGGAUGAGAAAUCAUCCAUGGUGUCUCAUGAGAUUCCAAUGUCUCGUAAUAGCUCAUACGGACAAGCUGUACUAAAUGGAUUGAACGUUCUUUGUGGGGUUGGAAUACUUUCAACGCCUUAUGCUGCCAAAGAAGGAGGAUGGUUAGGACUUAUGAUACUAUUUGUAUAUGGUCUUCUUUCUUUCUACACCGGAAUCCUCCUUCGUUAUUGCCUCGACAGUGAGUCUGACCUCGAAACCUAUCCCGACAUUGGCCAAGCUGCGUUUGGUACUACUGGACGUAUCUUUGUCUCGAUUGUACUCUACUUGGAGCUAUACGCAUGCUGUGUGGAAUAUAUAAUAUUGGAGAGUGAUAAUUUGUCUUCAUUAUAUCCAAAUGCUGCCUUAAGUAUUGGAGGAUUUCAGUUAGAUGCACGCCAUCUAUUUGCAUUGCUAACCACUCUCGCCGUUCUCCCCACCGUUUGGCUCAGAGAUCUCAGCGUACUUAGUUAUAUCUCUGCUGGAGGGGUGAUUGCAUCAGUGCUAGUGGUUUUAUGUUUGUUUUGGAUUGGUUUGGUAGAUGAAGUUGGAAUUCACAGCAAAGGAACUACACUAAACUUGUCAACAUUACCUGUGGCUAUAGGACUCUAUGGUUACUGCUACUCAGGACAUGCUGUUUUCCCCAAUAUUUAUACUUCUAUGGCCAAACCAUCUCAAUACCCUGCUGUUCUCUUGACAUGUUUUGGUAUUUGUACUCUGAUGUAUGCCGGCGUCGCUGUUAUGGGUUAUACGAUGUUUGGAGAAUCAACACAGUCACAGUUUACUCUCAACUUGCCUCAAGAUUUAAUUGCAACUAAGAUUGCUGUGUGGACUACGGUGGUCAAUCCAUUUACCAAAUAUGCUUUGACCAUAUCUCCAGUAGCAAUGAGUCUUGAGGAGUUGAUACCAUCAAGGCAUAUCAGGUCACAUUGGUACGCCAUCGGCAUUAGAACCCUAUUGGUCUUCUCUACUCUGCUUGUUGGUCUCGCUAUUCCCUUCUUUGGUCUUGUCAUGUCAUUGAUUGGAUCGUUGUUGACUAUGCUCGUCACUCUAAUACUUCCUCCAGCUUGUUUCUUGAGCAUUGUAAGGAGAAAAGUUACCCCGACCCAGAUGAUGUUGUGUGUCUUAAUCAUCAUAGUAGGAGCAAUAUCUUCAGUCAUUGGCUCAUAUUCAGCUCUUUCCAAGAUCGUUGAGAAAUUGACCAACUGA